AAGAAAAAUGUUUCUGUUGUCACUUAUCUAUCAGGAUUAUCACACCACUUGAAUGCUUACACCUACUUACUGACUAAUUAAUUUCAUUCAACUAUAUUUUGCCAUUUCCAACCACAAAGAUCCGAUUUGUUCUCCUCCACACAAACUGCUUCAUCUAUAUACAACCAGCAAUGCUUCAAUCUCUACAGCAAAAACACAAAAGCAAUCCUUAAUGGAUCCUUACGCUUUCCUCAAAAUUUCAAGAAACCCAGAUGGCUCGCUUACCAGGAACCCUCCUUUCCCUGACGUACCUCCUGUUGACCAACCAGUCACUGAUCCGAAUUCACCUCAACUUUCUCUCUCCAAAGACGUCUCCCUCAAUCCCACCACCAAGACCUAUAUUCGCAUCUUUCGCCCUCUAAACGCACCACCAGACGCCAAACUACCGAUCAUAAUUUACUUCCACGGAGGUGGCUUUAUCCUCUACACUCCUGCCUCUGUUAUCUUCCAUGAAUCUUGCAAUCGCAUGGCUUCCGAAUUCCAAGCAUUGAUCCUGUCCGUCCAUUAUCGCCUCGGACCUGAACACCGUCUUCCAGCGGCCUACGAUGACGCUAUGGAUGCUAUCACGUGGGUCCGCGAUCAAGCUAGGGGGAUGGACGACUGUGAUCCGUGGUUGAAAGAUAAUGGAGAUUUCUCAAAGUGUUUGUUAAUGGGCAGUAGUUCAGGUGGUAACAUAGUCUACCAAGCAGGCUUGCGUGCACUGGACAUGGAACUUUCACCUAUUAAAAUCGUGGGGAUGAUAAUGAACGUACCCUAUUUUAGCGGGGUCCAGCGGACUGAAUCGGAAAUGAGAUUGAUCGAAGACAAGAUAUUGCCUUUGCCGGCCAAUGAUCUGAUGUGGUCACUCGCAUUGCCCAAAGAUGCUGAUCGUGAUCAUGAGUAUUGUAAUCCGAUGGUUGAAGGGUCAUACGAAGAGAAGAUCGGAAGGCUUCCGAUAUGUUACGUUAGAGGGUAUGGAGGGGACCCACUGGUGGACAAGCAGAAGGAAAUGGCAAAGAAGCUGGAAUCCAAAGGGGUGAAAGUGGAGUCCAGUUUUAUCGAGGAUGGGUUUCAUGCUGUUGAGUUAUUUGAUCCUUCAAAAGCUGAAUCUCUGUAUGCUGAGGUUAAGGUUUUUAUUAAUAGGGCAUGUGCUUCUUAGCUUAUUAUGUUCUUUUUUAUUGUACUUUUUUUUUUUUUUUUGCGUUCU